AUGUACGUAUACGGACAGGAACGUUCGGUGUCCGUGUAUUGGGAUGGACGCGCAACAAGUCGCGCUGCCGCCGCGCUGCUGAUUACUGCGCUGCGAUACGGCUUGCGCUACCAGAAUCUACGCCUAGUACGGGCGCCUACCACAAUAUGCCACUUUGCGAUCAUUACGGGUAUGCAAGAUGAUUGCAAGGAAUUCGAUCAAUCCAACUCUAUAUUCGAUAACCUCAUGCUGCUCCCAGCAAUAGGCUGGGCUGAAAGACCUUGUUUCGCCUUGGAAGUGUGUCAUCAAAGAGAGGUAGUUCCACUUCGAUUGCAGGUGGCCGGCGGAAGUGCUGCACCACUGCGUUUGCAUAUGCAUGUAUUUCUCAAGGCAACUGCUCGCACGUUGCAUCAAUGUCGAAAUUCAAGUCACUGGAGCUUCUACAGGGACCAUAAGGCACUUAUAGAAUGCGGAUUCACACCAAAUAAAUCGGAAUCAGAUGCAAUAUUAUGGUAUGCUAAAAAUUCACCCGAAGGAAACAAGACAAUGAAAGUAUUUGUCAACAGACAAACUGCAACUUCAUUACAUAUCAAAUUCAAACCUUUAAAUUCAGAAAUGGAUCUCCAUAUUUUAAUACUUAAUGCUAUACAAAAUCAAAACAAAUCAGUUUUGUUUAUUGAUUACGAUAUUUGGAAAGAUUUACCAGGAGUUCAGCUAGUAGAACCACCUCCUUGCUCAGAGCAAAACUGUAAAAAUGAGUUAGAUCCUACACGUUCAUUGCGAGUUGCUGAUGUCAUAGUAUUAAAACAACUCGCCCCUCAUUUAUUGAGGGUUUUUGAAUAUUUUUCACCGACAUCAAGACAAUUACGAGAAGUGCUACAGCUUGAAACAAAACAAUCCACAGCCGAUAUCGAGGAAGCAGCAUGUGAAUGGGCAUUAAAUAACACGUCCACUUUUGAUUCUUGGUACCGAAUUAAAUUCUCCCGACAGUUCUGGAUAGUCAUAUUUUUAUGUAAAAAUGAUGAAGACAAAGACGAUUAUAAAAAAAUAGUACGUGUUGUUGAGCAAUUUUAUCGCCCAAGUACAAAGUUUAAUGUUUCAGCAUAUUUUAUAGAAGUCGACUGUUCAAGCGAAAGUGAUUUAACAAACAAAUUAAUAAAAGCCUCUGUUACAAAACGCUGGGCAAACGUAAUAGGUGCAUUAGCAGCUGGUUCAGGUACCAAAAUGGCAGCAGAGUAUGCCAUGCAAACGGAAACAGCAUUGGUGUUGUAUGAUUUGCCUAAUGAGGGCGUGCGCCUCGGCCCAACAGUAUACGCCGUCGGUGGGACACUUAAACAAUUGGCAAUUGCAACACGACAUUUUAUUUCUUCACAUAAAUGGCGCCGACUCGCUAUUCUCUCAGAGGAGACACAAAUAGCUAAGGAUUUUGUUAAAGCUCUUCAACGCGAUAAGAAUCUUAUCAUACGCAAUACAUAUUUACAUAACGAAACAGACUUUAUUGAAUAUUUACAAUCCUUAAAAAAUUCAAGAGCUCGAAUUCUAUUACUAAAUUCAAUUUCAAAUAUAUCUAAAGAUAUUCUUUGUUUGGCACAACAAUUGGGCAUGACAUUUUCUAAUGGAUACGUUUGGAUAUUACGGGAAUGGCAUCAGAAAAGUUAUAAAUGUGUUAAUUUAUUGAAUCUUGAAGAAUUUCCUCUUUUUACAAUCUCAUACUGGUGGCAAGGGCACAAUGACGGAAACGAAAACAAUAUUUUACACAACAUGUUAAAAGUGAUCAAUAGGAAUACUUUCUUACCUCCUCUAGCUGUUCCAAUGGCAGACGCUUUGCAGUUAGUAAUAAAGAGUUUCGACUCAUUUACAAGAAACUAUGCUCCACGCUUAAAUGACAUGCAUGGAAACGGAACUGUAAGGUUACUUUUGAAUAAUUUAGAAAAACAACAUUUUGAUGGAUUGCUUCAAAAUCUACAUUAUGUAAAAGGAUCUCUUGCAAACCCUUUAGUAUUUAUCAAGAAAUGGAUUGGUAACCGUUCUACAUUAGAAACAAAUUGGACCGUCAUCAAUGAAUCUAUAAAAAUUGAUAUUCCACAACAAAUAUUCAUAGACGAUAACCUGUCAGAUGGAUCUCAUAAUUGCUUUACAAAAACUGUUAGAGACCCUUUUGACCCAUAUUGUCAGGAUAGCUUAUGGUUCACUAUCACAAGUUUUCUUGUAUUAAUUAUUAUCCUUUUCUGCAUAUCUUGGAAAAUCCGAAUGAGAAAUUUUGCACACCAUGAUGCUAUAUUGACGGCACAGUUAUUGGCUCAAAGAAAAGUUUAUUCAACAACACUCAAUGACCAUUUAGUUGAUCGUGGAGCUCUCGACCUUUAUCACGACUUAGGACGAGGAUGUUAUGGUCGUGUAAGAUAUGGAGUACUUCGAGCUCCUAAUGGUAUAUCUGUAUCUGUUGCUGUAAAAGAGCUUGUCGGGGACGACGCUCCUGCUGAAGAAAGCGAAUUAUUACGAGAAGCAGUUACUCUUGCGUCUUUGCGGCAUCCUAACAUUGUACGACUGAUAGGUGUCUGUACAACAGAUGGACCUCUUCUUGUAUUAAUGGAAUACGCCCUUUUCGGAAAUUUGAGAGAGUAUCUCAAUAAGCGACGACAUCUUGUUGACAACACACUAGAAUGUACGGAUAUUGACGACGAAGCCUUUUACAUAUCUGCCGAAUCAAUAACAAAACUGGCACGGGAAGCAGUCUCUGCUUUGGAAUAUUUAUCGAGUGAGAGGUUAGUUCACCGGGACAUUCGUGCAGCUAAUUGUCUCAUUGAUGAACAGCGCUCACUUAAGUUAGCAGAUUUCGGAUUAGCUCGAACGACAGGCACGGGUGACUCCGGUGGCGAUGGAGAAUACUUGUGCCGGCGACGUGGAUUAUUUCCAGUAUUAUGGAUGGCUCCGGAGAGCCUGGAACUAGGCGUGUUUACUACAGCAUCUGAUAUAUGGGCAUUAGGCGUUCUGCUGUUGGAGAUGAUUACGCUCGGUGCGCGUCCUUACGGCGACUGGCUUCCCAGUCGUGUUAUGAAUUAUGUAUGUGAUGGUGGGCACCCCCCGCUACCCAUUAAUAUUUUACCUGAAACGGAGCAGUUAUUGCUGCGAUGCUGGCGACAAAAUCCAGAGGAACGUAUCACUGUUACUGAAGUUGGACGGGAACUGGCAGAACACCCCAGUAUAAUGGGGCGAAUACUUGGACCUAUAGAUCUCAUACUCAACAAAGAGUCCCUUAUACAAGAUGGUGAUGUGGUUUUUAUGAGAUAUCAGUGAUUUAAUAAGUCUGUUACAACUGUUGAUAUUUGAUACGAUACUUUAAAUACAUUAUAAUUUUAAUGGAUAAGUAAAAGUUCUUUUUUUUGUUACUAGAAAAAUAAUA